CUGCUCGUCCUUGGAGGACAGUGAGCUGAAACCUGACUUUUUAUCAUCAGUAUCAACCCUCAGUGCGCAGGCGCUGUCUGGCAACCCGUCGUCAUGGAGACGGCUUGUUGUUUGUGGCCCACGAAGAGACUGAAAACGCACCAGAGCACACAGAGACCGCGAGGAGGGGAAACUGGUUCAGCAGGUGCAUGUGACAUCAUCAGGUGAUGGCGACGUCAGGGCGUGAUGUCAUCGACUUCUCAGCGUUGGAGCGAGAGCUGCAGGCGGCGGUUGAGUCUGAGCGGAGGUACCAGCGAGAGAACGAAGCUAAACUGAGAGCAGUCAGUCAGAGAGUCGCCUCCUACAGGGAGUUCAGAGACCUGGUCCUGUCCUGUCACCUGAAGCCUCUGGAGAAGAAAGACAAAGAUGGAGCUCCACGGAAACAACCCUGGAACCCUGCCGCCCCGAGCAGAAAGUGACGACCGGUUUCCGUAGCAACGAGGAAGACUUUUCCUUUUCUCCGAUCUUAGUAAUAAAACGUGUCACUGUAAAACCAUGUUUUCACUCUAUUCGACGAGUUUCUGGAGAUUCGUAGUUUUCAUUGGAUGGUGAAUAUGAUCACAUGAUGCCGACAGAGCAGAGAUCCUUCGUGUUCUCAGGAUGUAAACGCUGCUGGUUCCUAAACUGAGAUUUCACCCAGUAACGCUGAUCUUCAUCAGACACUUUCUAAUGAUUCAGGUAAAACUGUCAGCAGCAAACUCAGCGUCACAUGUGAGACACCAACCAGUGAGACACCCACCAGUGAGACACCAAGGUCUCUGAAACAUGGCGGUUUUUAAAAAUAAAAGCUGAUGUUUUGGAGACAUGGGUUUUACGUGCCGUGUUGACCUGAUGUGACCUGAUGUUGAAUAUGACAUGUAGCUGUCAGGUGUAGAAAUACAGAGGAAAAGUACAAUGUGAGUCUUUGUCUUAUUAAAGGUUCUUGUUUGUUGUA